GGGACUUCUCUUGACCUGUGGGAGGGACUUCCGGUGAGAGACUUUAAAUGCACCGUUUGACGGAGAGUGUUGGGAGGAGAGAGAGAGAGAGAUAGUGGGCUCACUACUGCAGUGAUCACGAUUAUGUUUAACAGACAGACAUGGCUGAAAUAAUCGCAGUGAAUUUGCCGUCUCUGUCCACUAUCAACGCCACUUACCGGGUCCAGGAGGAUCUCAGCCCGGGUUCUCCUGCUCCUGCUGCUGCUCCUCCAUCCUCCUCCUCUCUGAGCAGUGAGGACUACCUGUUCGUGGAGGCCAGACACCCCAACACCGUCCUGCAGGGCCUCAACAGCCUGAGGCUCAACAACGCCUUCUGUGAUGUGACUCUGUGCUGUGGAGGACAGGAGUUCCCCUGCCAUCGCAUCGUGCUGGCCUCCUUCAGCUCCUACUUCCAGGCGAUGUUUUCCACUGACCUGAUAGAGUCCAAACAGGAGCGUGUUGCCAUCAAUGGAGUUGAGCCUCAGAUGAUUGGCAUGCUGGUGAGCUACGCCUACACAUCAGAGGUCUACAUUUCUAAAGCAAAUGUGCAGGCUUUGCUGGCAGCAGCCAAUCUGCUGGACGUGAUGGCCGUUCGGGAGGCCUGUUGUCGUUUCAUGGAGCGUCAGAUGGAUGAGAUGAACUGCGUGGGGAUUCACUGCUUCGCUGAGGCCCAUUCUUGUAAGGUGCUGGAGAAACGCAGCAUGGACUACAUCCAUGAGCACUUCAGCAGUGUUUCUCAGCAGGAGGAGUUCCUGUCUCUGUGUGUGGACAAACUGACAGAAAUCAUCGCCAGUGAUUAUCUCAACGUGCCUAAAGAGGAGAUGGUGUUUGAGUCCGCCAUGUCGUGGUUGAAUAAAUGCACCUCUCGCAAACAGAGCUUUGAGAAGGUCCUUGAACACAUCCGGCUGCCUCUCAUCAGCCCUUACUACCUCCACGAUGUGAUCGAGUCUCUGGACGUGGUGAAAGAGAACCAGAGUUGCCAGAAGCUCAUCUCCGAGGCCAAGGACUACCUGCUGCUGAAGGAUCGCCGCGGAGAGCUCUACUGUCCCAGAGCGAGGCCUCGCAGGUCCACAGGGACAGCUGAAGUGAUAGUGACAGUUGGCGGGGAGGACGACAAGGUGGUGCUGCGCAGCGUCGAGAGCUUCGAUCCUGUGACGAAUCAGUGGAAGAAUCUGGCCUGCCUGCCCUUCGCUGUGAGCAAACAUGGGCUGGUCGUGUCAGACUCCACUCUGUAUUUAGCAGGAGGAGAGUUUCCUGACGGCUCAGCCAGCAGGGAGAUGUGGCGCUACGACCCCUGCUUCGACUCCUGGAUGGAGAUGGCGCCCAUGAAUGUAGCUCGCUCUGAGUUAGGCCUGGUGAUCCUGGACGGCUUCGUGUAUGCAGUGGGAGGGUGGGAGGGACGCUCUCGGCUGGACUCGGUGGAGUGUUACAACCCUCACACCAACAUGUGGCAGUUCACAGAGUCCGUCAAGAUGGCCGUUACGAGUCCUGCGGUGGUGUCCUUGGAUGGUCUGCUCUACGUUACUGGGGGUGCAGUUCUAGAAGAUGGCGACGGCACAGAUCUCGCUCAGGUGUACAACCCUAAAACAUCUGUAUGGACAGAGGUUGCCCCCAUGCAGAUCGCUCGCUCUGGUUCAGCUGCUUGCACACUCAAAGGAAAGAUUUAUGUUAUAGGUGGAUGGCAUGCCUCGACGGAGAAUACCGACAAGGUGGAGUGUUACAAUCCCAAGACCAAUCAGUGGACCAUGUGCGCCCCCAUGAAAGAACGGCGCUACCGGCCCGGUGCUGCUGUGGUGGAUGGAAAGAUCUACGUCCUGGGAGGAGAAGAGGGCUGGGACAGAUAUCACGACACCAUCGAGAGGUACUGUGACGAGACGGACGCGUGGGAGAUCGUCGGGGAGAUGCCCACCAGUCGCAGCUGGCUCAGCUGUGUGUCUCUCCAGCUGAGGAAGGACAUCCACGUGAGCAGCUAUCCCGGGACGGCAAUCGAAAACUGAACGAUGGCUUCUGAGGAAACCUCUCGUGGAUAUUCUUUGCACCCUCAUUAAGGGGACGGUGCACUGCAAAGCUCAGAGCUGUGGACAACGGCGAACUGAGAAGGGAUGCCUGGAUUUGGCACAGCGCAGUUUGAGCUGUUACCGGCGGCAAAGAGUAGUCGGUUUUUAAUCGACGACUGCUUGUGGAAUCUCACUCGGUCCCGGCUUUUGGCGUGGUGACAAAAGAAAUACAUGACUCUCAAGACACUGAUGGAGUCAGCAGUCGAAAGUCGCUCUCUGUAUGAUGUUUGUUUAGGGUACCGUUUUAAUGUCGGAGCACCUCAAAUCUGUGAAGGUUUUCUCAGCCAACAUGUAUUUUUGUAUUAUUAUGUGGCGUAUUUAUUGGGGUGUGACUAGCUGUGAGAAAGAUAUUUUGAAAAAAUGGUCAAGAUUUUGCUCUAUUAAAACAUGCUCUAUGAGCCAAAGAAUCUACUUGUGAAUAUUUCCGAUGGUCACCUGUGAAAAAGAUGUUUAUGUGAUCCGUGUUUUUGUAAUUAAAUUUUGUAAGUUCUGAAUGAUUGUCUUACUACCUGUAACAUGUGGAGUAUAUUUUUGUAAUGUAAUGUUUGUCAUGGAUUCUAAUGACUUUAAAUGGAGUGGGUUCUAAUAAAGAUUUUUAAUUCUUUA